AUAUCAAUCAAUAUUAGGCUCGAUCCGCCUCUAUCACAAACGUAGUCGCUUGUUUUGCCUUGUGAGAUCUGGCAACACUGCUGCUGCGUCAAUCAUAACAAACGACGCCGUUAAACCGAUGGCAAGAGUCUGACUAAAACACACUACAGACAGCUGCAGCUAUGGGCAAGUCCCAGUCACACUUGGCAAAACAGAAUGAUGAUAUUAAGGAUGCACUGACAACUUCUACUGAGUAUAAAGACAACCAGAGUGAUGAUGAUGGAAAGAAUGGAGACGUAUCCCACUUCCCCUAUGUGGAGUUUACUGGGCGGGACAGUGUGACAUGCCCCACGUGCCAGGGCACCGGCAGAAUUCCACGUGGUCAAGAGAAUCAGCUUGUGGCUCUAAUUCCAUAUAGCGACCAAAGGCUCAGGCCAAGCAGAACAAAGCUGUAUGUCACAAUAUCUGUUGCCCUUUGCCUGAUGCUUUGUGGCCUGGCUGUGUUCUUCCUAUUCCCUCGCUCUGUUGAUGUUUCCUAUGUGGGAGUGAAGUCUGCCUUCGUUUCCUACGACACGGAUAAACGAAUUGUCUAUCUCAACAUUACGAACACUCUGAACAUCACCAAUAAUAACUACUAUGCCAUAUCAGUGACCAACAUCACGGCACAAGUACAGUUCUCGAAGACGGUGAUAGGCAAGGCCAAGUACAACAAUAACACUGUGAUCGUACCUCUUGAUGAACAGCAGAUUGACUACACUGUUCCGACCACCAUUGCUGACGAAAUGAGUUAUAUCUUUGACUACUGCACCCUGUCAACAAUUAAAGUGCACAACAUAGUUGUCAUGAUGCAGGUGACUGUGACAGCAGCGUACUUCGGCCAUGCGGAGCAGGUUUCCCAGGAGGUGUAUCAGUAUGUAGACUGUGGUGGAAACACCACCUCCUUACAUGGACAUGUGAAUAUUUACCAAUAAGAAAAAAUAAUGCAGGCAUUGAAUUGUGUUCUGACUGAGGUACUCAUGACUGCUACAAGGAAAUCUUUGCUGAUGCAGGGGUUUAGCCAGAUUGGAACUGUUGGGUGUUUCAGCAACCCCAAACCAAGCCUACAAUGGUGAAGACUGAAGUGUUGUUGGAACACUCCAUACUAGGGACUAAAAAUAUCCAAUUAUUUAAUAGUUUAUGUCUAUACCUGUUAGAUACCCAUACCAUCAGUGUCUAUGUUGUCUAAACUAUAAUGAGACAUAGGCAUUGUUGAAUUCAUUGUGAGAGAUUUAAAAAAAAUCUUAAAAGAAGAACCUGGAUAAAUGAGUGAAGAAACACAUCAAACCUGUCAGGCACAAGGGGUGAUUGUGUGGUUUGACAAGUAUGAAAAUGAUUUGAAUCAUGCUAUGACCUUCAGUCAUGAGAGCUUAACACAACUGGAACACCUAUAGGUUAUUCAGGAAUCCAGGAUCAGAUUCAGGAUCUGCCAUCCUUGUCAAAACACCAAACAAGGAGAUAUUAUUUGGAAGAAUGGAGUUCUGUUCCUCUAGUAGAGUUCCAUAGACUUGUAAUUUGGAAAUUGAAGUAUAUAAUAUAAUGUUUAACUAUUUUUGGACACAUGCAUGGGGUCAGAACUCUGCUGGCUGAUUGCGCCAUCCUUCUUCAGCUAAUCCUGGUUACACCCCUGUUAGUGGCAGCAACACAUUUUUUUUAAAUUAAUCAUCAUCGGUUGUGUAUUCCUGAAUUUCUCUGUCACUUUAACCAUUUUCAAGUCAUAUCAGGUUUACAGUUUGUCAGUGAAACCUACAAUUGGUGGUUGGGUCUGUCAAAUAUGUUGUUGGAGUACACAAGCAUAGCCAGAAUUUAACAGGAAUUGUCUGGAGGCUUGUUGUCCUUUCCUACCCUGGUGCCAACAGAAUAGACAUUAUAGUUUUAAUUUACCAUUCCUCAUGAUCAGCUGCAUCACAUUUAUGUGGAUAUUGCUAAGAAGUUAAACUUGUAAUGUUUUCAGAUAUAACCCACUCUAGUGAUGAAAUUAAACCUACAUAAUAGGAAGAGUGUUGUAUGAGAGCGGCACUCUUCCAAACGCACUUUUUAAAUGCUUUUCAUGAAAAUUCCACUAAAACAUGAUGUAAUGGUGGUUCUUAUUAAACUGUUAUGUAUGGAUACCACUCAGUAGUUCUUAACCACUUCAUUAGCUUCUUUUCUUGCUUGAGUUUGUUGUUUUGUUUCAAAAAACCUAAUUGUUGAUAUUUAUUAGUGCAAUAGAUAGCAUAUAAUUGAAAUUCUAUUCUAUAUUAACAUGUUUUUGAGUGAUGCUUGUGUCAGUGAUUUUUUUUUCUUAGAUCUCCAGAUCAUACAGUUUGAUUUUGAUUACUGUAGAAAAGUCAAUUUUGAUUUGACCAUUUUUGGGAGAGAUUGUCAGUGUGGACGAUUCUGGACGAUGAUUUCUUCUUCCGCCUUGGUGGGCGCAUAUGUGCUGUGUAUAAAUUCCUGCCCAAUCUGAACCGGCGGUGAGAAUCUAAAGAGUCCCAUCUAAAACUUAAAAUCGUCAGGAAUAUUCGUCGUCACACAGAAUCGUCCGUCCUCAUCGCUGAUCUGCAGCAGCCAGAGAAGGAAGAAGAAAAUCCCGAACCCAUUCCAGAUUAAAUCACCAUUCAGGAAGGAAUCACACUUCAAAUGGUCAAAACUAUUGUAAGCUGAUUUUAAGUUUUGUUUUUUGUUGUUGUUGUUUUUUUUCUCAACUUCAUUAACUCACGGUUUCAGAUAAAUCGCGGUCCAGUUUUGUGGACCCAACUCAAGUGAGUUAACGGGGCUCAGCUGUAUUUCUCAGCAUGUGAGGCUUGACACACAGCAGCAUGGCCAACUAAUGUGUACACAUCACCCUCUGUAUACAAAUUCCGGUUAUUUUGGGGCCUUCUCAUGAAGUUACAUAUGACUACUGUGACCAUGGCAAUAUAUAUACAGAAUAUAUUUAAUGGGUAAUUUAAAUAAUAUUGUCACUGAAGAAGAAAGAUAUAUUUAAAAGGGAAUAUUUUUAAUAUUGUGGGAAAUGCAGUUGUGUGACAGUAUACUUAUACUGACUUACUACAGUAACAGUUACACUCAAGAAUAAUAUUUUCAGUGGGAGCAUCUUCCUUUUACUGAGAUUGUCUUUUUUCAAGCAAUGGUGUCAGUGUGUUGUCAGUGUUGAUACUAUUUUAAUUCUUUCUGCAUCUUUGAAUACAAAUUCACUACUGUAUUUGAAAUUUGAGUUCAUUAUUAGUUUCUGUUUUCGCUCCUAUCACGUCAUCUUGGAAUGGCAAAAACCAGCAGUGAUGCAAAAUGUGUUACAAUAUUAUUUCACUAUUUUUAAAAGCAACAUUGAAUAUGUCUAGUAAAAAAAUGUCUGACAGUU